AUGGAUACGCCUUCUACCCUGACUCAAGAAGUGAUCACCUGUGAAAUUUGUGACAACCCAGCCCAGCAAUUCUAUAACAGGUACCACGUGGUUUUAUGUGGAGGAUGUAUUAGGUACCAUAUAGAAAGUCUGAAGUCUCAAACACACAGUAUUGUCUCUUACCAUAACAGAAAAGAACAAAAUAUCCUCCCUUCAUGUUUAUUACAUUCCAACCAGAGAUGUGAGGGACAUUGUCAACAGUGUGAUGUCCCUGUCUGCUUCCGGUGCCUCACGGGCCCCCACUGUGGCCAUACUGUCAUAGAUACGACAGAAGCUCUAGAGAAGAAAGAAGAAAUAAAAAGAGAAUCGGAAGAAAUGAAGUCAAUUAUUUCUUUUUUUCUUCGACACGGUGCGGGCUACCUUAAGAUCUAUGAAGAACAUAAGCAUAACAAGCUUAGAAAAACAACGGUCUAUGCUCCAAAGUUCUGUGCUGAAAUUAGAACAAAUAAUUAA